UCCAAUUCAAGUGGUGCUAUUUUAAAAAUGUAAAGUAAAAAUUAUUGAAAAAUGAUUGUUACGAAACUUUUGCUAGUGCUUAGUGUUUGUAAUAUCUUCCUGGCAUCAGGUCAAACGACCGGUUUGGUGGAGAAAGCUGUCUUGGCUUUUCCAACCAAACUAGCACCACUGUUGAUUCCCUUUCUUUUGAUUGGAUUAUCAGCUAUUGGACCUCUUGGUUUACUGUUUCUAGUGAUUGCACCAACUCUUGCGCCUGUGACUUUAAUUUUGAAAGAAGUUCUUAAAGGAGUUGUGCAAAGUAUUGACCCGAUUGUGGGCCAGUUUAUCAACUUUGGGUUACUGCCAUUUGAGGCAAUCCCAAAACUAUUAGGACUUUUACCUAAAAUUUUGCCACUACUUGUGGUAUUGCCAGCCAUUGGCCCAAUUGGUUUUUUGUUAGUCGCUCGUUUGUUACUAAGGCAUGAAAUUACAGAACACUUGUUGGGUAACAAUUUAUCACUCCCGACUUUAAUAAUUUCAGUGAUAAUUUUAACACUGUUCAGACACUUGCUACCAUCAGCUGUCCCAACAGUGUUUCACUUUAUCCGAAUUGUGCUAGGGUUAGUGGCCUUGUUACCAGCAUGGAUGCCCAUCGGACCCAUCACUUUAGCAAUAAUCCCAACAGUAGCACUAAUUUUAACCCCAAUUGUUACAACAAUCCGACGAGUUCUAGCACCCAAACACCUCCUACCUUUGGUACUGUUAUUACCCAGAAUUUUACCAGCACUUGUACCAAUUUUGGGGCCACUUGGACCUUUGAUGAUCCUACCCAUUGCUUUACUCCUAGGACCUGUAAUUCCAGCCUUGGGCCCACUUUUACUCCCCGUUAUUUUACCCCAUCUCCCUAAACCAGUCCAAGGGUUACUAGCACCAUUGAUACCUUUAAUAACCCCAUUAUUGGGACCCCUUGCACCUUUGCAACCACUGAUCGCACCCUUGACCCCGUUGUUACCACUUUUGGGACAACUUUUCGUCCCUUUGUUACUAGCCCCAGUUUUAGGGUUUCUGUUACCGCACUUGAACCCGAUUACGAUUUUAUUGUUACUACCGGCACUUUUGCCCCACUUGCCCCCUCCCUUGAAGCCAAUCGUGGAAAAAUUCAUGCCUAAAAUCGCCCCAUUUUUGGGUAAACUAACCCCGUUUAAACCCCUACUGGCACCUUUAACCCCGUUAUUGCCCUUGUUGGGUCAUCUAGCCCCGAUUUUGUUGCUUCUGCCUGUGAUUAUGGCUCUAGGGCCGCUCCUUCCGAUUGUUGUAAUUAUUUUAUUGCCACAUUUGAUGCCACAUUUCCCGCCGAUUUUACACCCGUUUUUGGCACCUCUUGUUGGGGUUUUAGGCCCGAUUUUACCACUGAUUAAACCAUUGAAACCCAUAAUUGAUAAGUUGGGCCCCCUGUUACCACUUUUGGCACCAUUCGUACUUCCCAUAAUUAUCCCAAUGAUUUUGCAAGUCGUGGGUAUGUUUUUACCAAUUUUGGCACCGGUUUUACUACCAGAGCUGGUACCACAUCUACCACCACACAUCAAACCACUUUUAACGCCUCUCUUACCAAUGUUGGCACCCUUGUUAAAAUUAUUAGAGCCGUUAAGGCCUGCCCUUAAUCCCUUUGUGCCUUUGUUUCCUCUCCUAGCCCAUGGUUUGGUGCCUAUUUUAUUAUUCCCAGUCGUUACAUUUUUGGGGCCUGUGUUACCACUGCUACUACCUAUUUUACUACCUUUGCUCAUACCACAUUUGCCAACACCAAUAAAACCAUUGCUAGCGCCUCUAGUUGGUUUAUUGGCCCCAGUUGCCAAAAUUCUUGCACCCAUUGAACCAUUUUUGAAACAUUUGAACCCUUUAUUGCCACUUUUGAGCCAACUGUUGGUUCCUGCAUUACUAGCCCCACUUGUUGAGUUUUUGGGUCCAUUGUUACCAAUUUUGCUGCCUCUACUUCUACCGGCCUUGGUGCCAAUGUUACCUAAACCUAUUCAAGCUCUCUUGGGGCCUUUAUUACCAGUAUUACAGCCUCUAGUUGCACCUUUUGUGCCUUUGUUAGAGGCCUUAAAACCGGUCUUAAUGCCCUUGCUUCCGCUCUUAGCUCCUUUGGUACCUAUUCUAAUUUUAGGUCCCGUUUUUUUGCCAAUACUAGCGUCUCCAAUUGCGGGUCCUUUAGGACCAUUUCUUUUAACUCUCUUAAUUCCGGUGGUAUUGCCAGUUUUGGGUAAAAUUCUAGGGCCUGUUGCCCCGUUAAUUGGGCCUUUGCUAGGGCCUAUUGCUCCAAUUUUGCCGAUUAUUUUGAUGAUUUUGGCAAUUUUGGGGCCUGUUUUAGGGCCGUUGCUCCCAGUUAUUAUCACACCGUUGUUGCUUGGACCUUUGUUGCCAAUUCUGGGGACUUUAUUGGCACCUCUUAUUCCAAUUCUCCCGAUUUUGUUGCCGAUUUUAUUACUGGCAUCGGUGUUAAUUCCAGGUGUUGGCCCAGUUCUCCUUCCCUUAUUUGUGGCUUUAGGGCCGUUGUUAAUUUCAAACUUUUCGCCGAUUUUAGGGCCACAUUUGCCCAUUGCCCCGCUACUUAUGCUACUAGGGCCUUUGUUAUUGCCAAUUUUAGGGCCACGUUUACUGCCGAUUUUAGCACCGCUUCUUUUACCCAUUUUACCAAUACUUAUGGUCUUGGGACCUGCGUUAAUCCCAAUUUUGGGAACAGCUUUAGGCCCAGUUUUGGGGCCUAUGCUUGGGCCUGUCUUAGGGCCCAUUUUGCGACAUCUCAAACCUAUUUUUGGGCCCUUAUUACCAAUUUUAGGCAACUUGCUUCCAAUGGUGGGGCCUUUAAUUUUACCAAUGUUGCUACCGCAUUUGUUGCCCUUUUUGCCUAUUUUGUUUAUGGUCCUAAUUGGAACCAAAAUAGUGCCUAAAAUUGGCCCUAUGUUGGCCCCAAUUUUGGUACUGAUUGGGCCAAAAAUUGGCCCUAUUUUAGGUCCAGAAAUUUUGGGUCAUUUGGGGCCAAAACUUGGACCACUACUCCCUAUUUUGCUCCUUCUACCGAUUAUAGGACCGCUACUCCUAAUGUUAUCCCUGCUUGUAGGUCCUGUCCUACUUCCAGCUAUUUUAGGUUUAAUCGUUCCUCGAAUAACAAAGAUAAUAGGUCCAAUUGUAGGUCUAGUUGCGCCAAAAUUGGCUCCUGUACUCCCAAUUUUAGGCCCUUUGUUUGCCCUAGCUCCACUUUUAGGACCUCUGUUUCCAAUUUUACUACUUAUUAUCGCACCUGUUUUAUUCCCAUCACUUAUGCCAGUUUUAGGUCCACUUUUGGCGCAAUUUGCACCGAUUUUAGUGCAUUUGCCGGGAAAAAUUCUACCAAUGGUAACAGAAUUGGGGCCAAAAUUGCUACCAAUUUUACUACUAAUGUUAUUAUUGCCUCUAUUACUUCCCUUAAUGAUAACGAUUGGUCCGACGAUACUUCCCUUAUUGAAACUAGGCCACUGACCCUAUUUAGCUGAUCGAUUAUUUAUAUGUACAAAAAGUAUUGUAUUUUUUUAAUGGACGCAAUGUAACAAAUAAAGUUACGCUAAAAAUGUG